AUGUCCACCAACAACCCCACCCCCUCCGACCGCCGCCGCGGCUCCCGCAAAUCAGCACUCAAAGCCGCCGUCAAACCGAAAUACAAACCCACCGCGCGCGCGCCCCCGCCCCCGCGCAACACCAAAGAAUCGCAAGAGAUCCUCGACCUUUUCCACCAUGCGUUCAGCCCCCUGUUCACGCCGCAGCUACCAGAGCUGCUGCAGAAGGUGAAGACGCACCUGUUCAACCGCGACUUCCUGGCGGCCUUUGGCGCCCCGGAGAACCUCGAGGCGUAUGUGGUGCGAUGGAGCCCGAGCAGGGCGCUGUGCUACCGCGAGGUGUUUCUCGAGCUGUCGCCCGCGCUCAGGAGGGUGUUUGAGCUCAAGGGAGAGGGGGAGGAGGGGGAGAGGGUUGAGAUUGUGUGUAUUGGUGGAGGCGCGGGGGCGGAGGUUGUGGCGGUCGCGGCGGCGGUGAAGAGCUUGAUGAAGGCCGAAAUGGCAGCUGCGCCUGUAACUGCAACUGAAAUUGCAGAGGAGGAAAGCAAGGCAGGGGAGAAUACGGCCGGGGACGAGGAAGUGAGCGGGGAGCCUGAAGAGGCCGCAGAGGAGGGCCCAGACGAGGCGAAAGCUCUUGAAAAGGACCUCGAAUCAUUGGCCCUCACCCCCGCCUCCCCACCCGCAGCCGCCACAACCUCCACCCCCUCGCGCUCACUGCACAUGACCGCCAUCGACAUCGCCGACUGGACACGCAUCACCACAACCCUCACCACCGCGCUCACCACGGUCCCCACGCCCCCACGCGCCGCAUACCUCCCGCGCGGUGUCUACAGCGUCGAUUUCCACCACCACGACAUGCUCGCGCCCUCCGCCACGGCGCUGAUUCCGCCCUCUGCCCGCCUCAUCACGCUCCUGUUCACGACGAACGAGCUGUACACGCAGUCGCGCGGCGCGACGACAGCCUUCCUUCUUGCGCUCGGGGAGCGCGUGCGGAGCGGGUGUCUGCUGCUGGUGCUGGAGAGCGCGGGGAGUUACUCGACGGUCACGGUUAAUGGGAGGGUGUUUCCGAUGGGGAUGCUGCUGGAUCAUACUCUCCUGGCGGGGGAGGCGUGGGAGAAGGUGCUGGGUGAGGAGGCGAGGUGGUUUAGGCUGCCGGAGGGGCUGAGGUAUCCGAUUGAGUUGGAGAAUAUGAGGUAUAUGGUGAGGGUGUAUAGAAAGACUUGA